GUGAGUCUAGAAUGUUUAGCACGUUUAUUCUCCUUAGUCGACCUUUAUUGUGUUCUGAAAUUAAUUUCAUAGCCCAUUUAAUUGAAGAAAAUCGGUAUUAGCCUACUCAUGGAGUCGCAACUGACUAAUAGGCACAUUUAAGGUAGGCUAGAUACGUUUCUGUGCAGUCCUUGGCCGCAGGGAGUAAUCUGUAAACGAGGGGUUGGAUGGAAUAGACGGCGCCAAUCACAAGAGGAAGCGGGUUUUUGCUACAGUGCGCUCUGGAGAUUUUCAACUAUAUUUUCAAAACGGAAAACGGAAUCUUGUCGACAGAAUGGAAAGUAUUAAUUCCACUGUAGAUUCAUGUACUGGCAAAAGAGUAAAUGACUUCAUAGAAAAAUAUCCGGACGCUGGAGGCGACAAUGCAACUGGCUAUAAGGAGACGACGGUUUGCUUCUCCACCGGUCUGAGUAGUUUCGGAAAUGUGACAACUUUAUGCACAGAGCCUGAAUCAAUCAGCGAGAGCGUCGUCCUCAAAUGCGUAACAGACAAAGUGUUUAACAAAAAGUACAGCGAUCGUACGGAAGAAUAUAUUAAAUCCGAGCACGACCCGUGGAAUCUUAGCAAAUCAUUUCAGAUGAAGCAGUCUGUGUCUCCUGAAAGUUCGCAAAGCUCAUCUGCGUCAACUGCAUUACAGGGAGAUAUGUGCAAGUUUAUAAAAGAUGAGAAAGAACCGUCUCUCAUAAUGGAUCCUCACGGUUCCGAUCUUGAUCUUACAUCAAACGUGUCUGCCACGAACAGUUGUUACAACAAUGGCAAGAAACAGCAAUUCGACUUUAUGGUCGACGUGCCAUCGUUCCCAAGCCACAGCAAUGGCCAACUCAGCAGUUCUCCGAACAUAUUUGUCGAUUUGAACCAGAGUAACGCACGACAACCAUUUCCUGAGAGCGUCUCUGGGAAAGGUAUGGUUAAUUAUGAUGUGAUAAACCAACAGGCAUCUCAGCAGCAUCUGUUCAUUUGCAAGAACGAAAUGUCCAGAUGGCCGCUUCAGUCCUCAACUGCGGACAGUCAAGUUUGGGGUCAGCCCAUGGGAAUGACCGAAGAGCAGCACCAUCAAGCGGCAUAUUCCUCAACUGAUGGGAUCAACACAGGUUUUCUUCAGAGGCCCUCGAACAACUACACCACAUAUUCUGGCAUGCCUCCUCAAAGAGUGUGUGUCAUCUGCGGAGAUGAGGCCUCUGGUUGUCACUAUGGGGUUGUCACAUGCGGAAGCUGCAAAGUAUUUUUUAAAAGGGCAGUUGAAGGCCAUCAUAACUAUCUUUGUGCUGGGAGAAAUGACUGCAUCGUGGAUAAGAUUAGAAGAAAGAAUUGCCCCGCAUGUCGUCUCAGGAAGUGUUACCAAGCUGGCAUGAUGUUGGGAGGACGAAAACUGAAGCGAUUUGGGGCCAUGAAGGCCAUGGGGCUACCCUCGUCCCUGAUGUUCCAGUCCCCCAUGGCUCUCGCAGGGGAUUGCCAGACCAUGACCACGAUGCCCUGCAUGCCCAGCUUAAGAGAGCUCCAGCUCUCCCCGCAGAUCAUCAGUAUACUAGACAGCAUUGAGCCAGAGGUGGUCUACUCUGGCUUUGACAACUCCCAGCCUGAUAUGCCUAACCAGCUGCUUAACAGCCUGAAUCGGCUUUGUGAGAGGCAACUUCUGCGGAUUGUCAGAUGGUCAAAGUCACUCCCAGGAUUUCGUAGUCUGCAUAUUAGUGACCAGAUGACGCUGAUCCAGUACUCUUGGAUGAACCUGAUGGUUUUUUCUCUGGGCUGGAGGACUUUUCAAAAUGUUACCAGUGAAUACUUAUACUUUGCCCCUGAUCUCAUUCUCAGCCAAGAGCGGAUGAAAAAGUCACCAAUCUAUGAGCUGUGCCUGGCAAUGCAGGUCAUCCCACAAGAGUUUGCUAAUCUUCAGGUGACCAGGGAAGAAUUUCUCUGCAUGAAAGCCCUGAUGCUUCUCAACACUGUGCCACUAGAGGGUCUAAAAAGCCAAAACCAGUUUGAUGAAAUGAGACAGAACUACAUCCAUGAGCUGACCAAAGCCAUCCACAUCAAGGAGAAAGGGUUGGUGGCCAGCUCUCAGCGCUUCUAUCACCUAACCAAAGUCAUGGAUGCCAUGCAUGAGAUUGUGAAGAAGGUCAACCUGUACUGCCUGAGCACCUUUAUCCAGGCAGACGCCAUGAAGGUUGAGUUCCCAGAGAUGAUGUCAGAGGUGAUUGCUUCACAGUUACCAAAGGUUUUGGCAGGUAUGGUGAAGCCUCUUUUGUUUCACAACAAGUGAUGCUUCCUGAAGACUGAGUGAGGAUGACCUACAAUAUCUUACCUAAGAAGACAUCCUUGGACUUACUAACAACCUUGAAUGGCAGCACCGUACAGUGUGCCCUAGGUUUUUUUUUACUAUGUAUGAUGCCUUGUGUUAGCAGUCAAUUCCAUGGCUGAAGUUACUAUUGUUUGAUCAGUAGUUUGUGACAGCAGUAAUAUUAUUAUGCCCAGAUCUGCACUAUUUUGAUUUCAUUUUUUGUUACAGUGAGAGAAGGUAGGGACCCUUUCAACAAGGUAAACAAAAACAAUGCUUGAA